GCCAUGGAAAAUCUAGUAGACGAAAAUCUAGUAAAAUCAAUAGGAAUAUCUAAUUAUAAUAGGCAGCAAACGGAGCGCAUACUCGCCUGUUGCCGAAUAAGUCCGGUCGUUAACCAGGUCGAAGCUCAUGUCAACUUUACUAACGAGAAAUUAAUUCGCUAUCUCAAAUCCGUUAACAUCUGCGCCACAGCAUAUUGCCCUCUAGGAUCACCGGCCACUCCUCAGUAG